UGAUGCAGUCGACUUCGACCGCCAUUUUAUUUUCGCAACCCUUUUUUCUGUGUUGGACAUCGACUAACAAAAGAGAAUCAUAUAAAAUCCUGUAUUAAUGCCUCUAAAAAUGGGUGAACCGACAUCAGCGAGUGGAACAGCAGGUCUUGCUGAAUUAGCCCACCGCGAGUAUCAAGCCGGUGAUUAUGACAAUGCAGAGAGGCAUUGCAUGCAGUUGUGGGCACAGGAGCCAGACAACACGGGGGUACUUCUGCUGCUGAGCUCAAUACACUUUCAGUGCCGGAAGCUUGACAGGUCCGCACACUUCAGUACCCUCGCCAUCAAGCAGAACCCAAUGCUAGCGGAGGCCUACUCCAACCUGGGCAACGUCUUCAAAGAGCGGGGCCAGCUGCCCGAGGCCCUGGAGAACUACAGGCACGCUGUGAGGCUAAAGCCGGACUUCAUCGAUGGCUACAUCAACCUGGCUGCAGCGCUGGUAGCGGCAGGAGACAUGGAAGGCGCUGUGACAGCAUACAUACAAGCACUGCAGUACAAUCCUGACCUCUACUGUGUCCGGAGUGACCUAGGCAACCUUUUGAAGGCACUCCACCGCCUUGAUGAAGCCAAGGCUUGCUAUCUGAAGGCCAUUGAAACACAACCCAACUUUGCCGUUGCCUGGAGCAACCUUGGCUGUGUGUUCAAUGCACAGGGAGAGAUUUGGUUGGCAAUACAUCAUUUUGAGAAGGCUGUCACGCUAGAUCCUAAUUUCCUUGAUGCAUACAUCAACCUGGGCAAUGUCCUCAAAGAAGCCCGCAUCUUUGACAGAGCUGUUGGUGCAUACCUGCGAGCACUGCAAUUGAGUCCCAAUCAUGCAGUGGUUCAUGGAAACCUCGCCUGUGUCUAUUAUGAACAGGGGUUGAUAGAUCUUGCCAUCGACACUUACCGCCGAGCCAUUGAGCUGCAGCCCCACUUUCCCGAUGCCUACUGCAACCUGGCCAAUGCCCUCAAGGAGCAAGGCAAAGUCUCGGAAGCAGAGGAGUGCUACAACACGGCACUGCAGCUCUGCCCGACCCACGCCGACUCCCUGAACAACCUGGCCAACAUUAAGCGGGAGCAGGGCCUGACAGAGGAGUCCAUCAAGCUGUACUGUAAGGCGCUGGAGGUGUACCCGGAGUUUGCCGCUGCCCAUUCCAACCUGGCCAGCGUGCUGCAGCAGCAAGGGAAGCUGCAAGAGGCAUUGGUUCACUACAAAGAGGCCAUCAGGAUUGCACCGACCUUUGCCGAUGCCUACUCCAAUAUGGGCAACACUCUCAAGGAGAUGCAGGACAUCCAAGGAGCGUUGCAGUGCUACACCAGAGCCAUCCAGAUCAACCCGGCCUUUGCUGAUGCUCACAGCAAUCUGGCCUCCAUCCACAAGGAUUCUGGCUCCAUUCCUGAGGCUAUUGCAUCCUAUAGGACAGCCCUGAAGCUAAAACCAGACUUCCCUGAUGCCUACUGCAACCUGGCCCACUGCCUACAGAUUGUGUGUGAUUGGACUGAUUAUGAACAACGCAUGAAGCAGCUUGUAACCAUCGUUGCCGACCAGCUGGAGAAGAACCGACUUCCAUCGGUCCACCCGCAUCACAGCAUGCUGUAUCCACUGUCGCCGGAAUUCCGCAAGGGCAUUGCCAGUCGUCAUGGCAACCUCUGUCUAGAGAAGAUCAAUGUACUGCACAAAGGCACAUACCAGUACCCAAAGGACCUGUCUGCCUCUAAUGGGAAGCUGAGAAUCGGCUACGUCAGCUCUGACUUCGGCAACCAUCCAACGUCUCAUCUCAUGCAGAGUGUCCCAGGCAAGCACAGUGACCAGGUUGAGGUUUUCUGUUAUGCUCUAAGCGCUGAUGAUGGCACCAACUUCCGGGCCAAGGUGGCCAAGGAGGCUGGAACAUUUGUGGAUCUGUCACAGAUUCCCUGCAACGGCAAGGCUGCAGACCGAAUCAAUGCAGACGGUGUUCAUAUCCUGGUCAAUAUGAAUGGUUACACCAAGGGUGCCCGGAAUGAAAUAUUUGCCCUUAGACCAGCACCGGUCCAGGUCAUGUGGCUUGGGUACCCUGGCACCAGUGGAGCAUCCUUCAUGGACUACCUGAUAACGGACAUGGUGACCUCCCCGAUGGACCUGUGUCAGCACUACUCGGAGAAGCUCGCCUACAUGCCCCACACGUUCUUCAUCGGGGACCACUGGAACAUGUUCCCCCACCUGCUGGACAAGAUCAUCAUCGAGUCUAAGGAUGGGCACAAGGGUGACAAUGUCGGCAUCAUCAACACGCUGGAUGUCAAGGGCUUCAUGGAGAAGGUGAAUGCUGUGGUGCCUGCCAAGCCACCAGCGACCACUGCUAAUGGAGCAACUCCAUCGGAGAAGAAUGAAAAUGCAAACGGCGACAAGCAAGCUGUCGGCUGCAACCCUCUCCAAUUUACCGCCCUGGAUAGCUCCAUUUCACAAGCGUUGAACACCAUGGUACUGCAAGGACAUGCCCAAGCUUCCAUCAAUGGAAUGAACAUCACCCAUGGACUGGCUGUCAACCAGGUACAGCCCAAAGCAGCAACUGGAGAAGAGGUCCCAACAACUCCCAUCAUCACCACCCGCUCCAUGUAUGGCAUACCAGAUGAUGCAAUCGUCUACUGCAACUUUAACCAGUUGUACAAGAUAGACCCGGCCACAUUGCAAAUGUGGGUUUCGAUCAUCAAGAAGGUUCCUAACAGUGUUCUGUGGCUCCUACGCUUCCCAGCCACUGGGGAGCCCCACUUGACCGCCACUGCCACUCGUCUGGGCAUGCCCGCCGGCCGCCUCCUCUUCUCCCCUGUGGCCUCCAAGGAGGAGCACGUCCGGCGCGGCCAGAUAGCCGACGUCUGUCUAGACACGCCGCUUUGCAAUGGCCAUACCACUGGCAUGGACGUGCUGUGGGCGGGCACGCCCAUGGUCACCCUGCCUGGCGAGACUCUUGCUUCCCGUGUUGCAGCUUCGCAGCUUCACUGCCUCGGUUGCCCCGAGCUGGUCGCAUCCUCCAGACAAGAUUAUGAGCACAUCGCCAGCAGACUUGGUACAGAUCCAGAAUUCCGCAACAAUAUGAAGAUAAAAGUGUGGAAAGGCCGGACAGACAGCCCUCUGUUCAAUGUCAAGAGCUACACUUUGGGCUUGGAGCGCCUCUUCUACCAGAUGUGGGAGAAACAAGAAAAGGGAGAUAAGGCAGACCACGUCAAGUGGAUCUCAGACAACGGUGCAUCCAGCUCAGAAAAUACCCAGUAAAAACAAUUGGCAGAGGGUUGUAUUUGGCAUUCACGGUUUUGAGAAGUAAGAUCGAGAUUGAAGAUGUUUCUUUUUCAGAACGAAACAGCCAAUAGCAAAAUUUUUUGGCAUGCAUGUUUGCUUUUGUAGAGUAGAUAAUUGACAGUGUGACAUGCUGUUUUCAGGGGCACUGUGAAAAAGUUAAGCCCCAAAAUGUCAAUCCAAUGUGCUAAGGUCUGUUCAAGCCAGAAUAGCAAGUACUGUAGGACCCAAUGCCCAAACACUUGUGUGCCAGUUGAUUGCUCAUACACCUUAAAAAAAACCAUUUUCAUGUGUGACUAUCAAUACCAGAAGGUUUUGCUGCUGCGAAACAGUUACUCCCAUACCUGCCAACCAUUUCAAUUUAAACAGAAGAGCCCAAAUUUUUAGGUGUUCGGACUGCAAAACUCGCGACAUUCUGAAUUCUGUAGAAAGAAAAAAUACAAAGGUCCUUCAAAAGAGGAUACUAUUUGCAGAGCAAAGAGGGCAGUAUUUGUUGUCAAAAUGACAGUUAUUGCACAUGUAAACUUAUGUACAUGUAAACAGCUUCUCUGUGGGGCUGCUUGUUUCUCUGUGGGCUCGUAAAAUGGAUAGUCCAAUUUCUAACUUCAGUGAUGGCAGGUAAUUCACUUGUUUGGUUUACUUGCUGUUGAAAAGCAUAUGGUGAAAAAUUGCACGUGUAAUUAAUUUGGCUAAGCGCACUGUAAAUAGCUAUUCAUGUACAUUUAUUUAGUUUGAUUCGAGUUUACUCACACUCUAACAGUCAAUCAAGAUGGGGGAAAACACCACUUGCCUUAUCUUUUUUAAUCCCAUUUGCUAGAAGUUAAACAUUGGUUUUAAUCAGUUAACAUAAUCUGUUUCAGUAAAUUUUGUAUAUAAAUGUAUUUUCAGAACAUGUGGUUCGAUUUAAUUUUUUUUUCUUUCCUUGGGUAUAAAAGUGAGGAAGUGAUUCCGAUGUUAGCAUGUAAAGCAUAUGUGAUGUUGCACAGAAGAGUCGGUUAAAAAAAUGAAAAUGGAGGCUCAUGUGGUUCACUGGAAUGUAAAUAAGAGGUAUAAAUAUAUACUGGAAUCCGAAUGGAUAUGUACAAGAUGGAGGAUGGUAGGGAUUUAACCAAAACGUGUUUUCUCCUAAUGAUUUUAACCAGUAGUUGAAGUUGUGAAGAAUUAAUGAGGGUUCCCCAUAUUUAUUGAGCUUUUGUUUUUGGAGAGUUCUUGCACCUCAAUGAGGCGUACAUUUUGUUGUCAACUAUCUCCUAUCUCCUUUCAUUUUAAAGUCUUAGCAAGUUGACAUUGAAUUAUGUUAAUCCCUCAAAUGGAUAAUGCAAUGCACCUGUACACCCGUAAUUCUCAUCGUCGUCCAAUAUUUCUGUGUUGGGAUCGGGACGCAGCGAAACUGAAUGGUCGUCUGUCAAAGGCUUUUGUAUUGAAAUCAGUACUUGCUUAUUUCGCUGUUGAAAAAAAAAAGAUGGUAAUCAAAAAAUGUCAUUUAACAAGGCCCACCUAAGAUAUAGUCUUGCAUAAUGCUUCUUGAUUAAAAAGUUACAUAUUAUAUCCCAAAUGAUGA